AUGCAACGAAGACAUCAUCAUCAGGCAUCGCAAAGCCCUGGAAGUAGAAGCUUGAUCGCAACGAGAGCAAAUCUGCAGCAGCGGAGAAUGUACGGCUCGAAAAGUAACUUACCACGUAGUUAUUCCACUCCGGCGUCUGAAAGUGAGCAGAGUCCUCAAAAUAAAUAUGUCAUCCGAAGCUUUUCAUCGCCCGGACAGAACUCCGAUCCACAGAUAAGCCCAGAAGAAAUACAACAAAUGGAGCAGCAGAAGUUUUAUGGUUCAAAGAGUGAAAUUGAUUCAGAUAACGAAGGGUUUGAGCAACUGGACGAUAGCCUUUUGGACAUCGACGCUGAUAUUGAAGAGACAUUUCGACAGUUUGAAAGGGGUUCUUCAAGUGUGCCAAAGAGAGUGAUUACAACACUUUUGCCGGGCAGCGGGCUUCAGAAGGUUAGAAUUCAACCAAUCCAUCACAAACAUGCACACGGAACUUCACAUAUGACAAGGAACGCCCCGAAAGAGAGAGGAAAAGGCACGGCACGGUUUCAUUUCCGACCGCUUAUAGUUCGAAUUCCAUCACAAAUAUCACCGACCGAAGCCGCGAAAGCAAAUUUGGAGGAGUUGCAGAUCUCUCCCCCACUCGAGUCGGAGGCAGCUGUUAUAGAAAAAGAGAUGACUGACGCUGAGUUCCUUUUAAACAAGGGUGCUAAUAUAGCAGCAGAAGAAAGUGAUACAGAUACGUUGUCCAGCAAGAACAAUAAGUGCCUUGACCUUGCGGAGCGGGGGCCGGGGCGAGCGAUGACGCCACCGCGGCCGGUACACGCUUCGGCUUUCGGGUACGAUCCUUCGCGGACGCCAUCCGCGUAA